UGCAAUUCUUACACUUGCGAAUCAAAACCAAAUAAAUCCCUUGAUUAGCUCCUGCGUUUGCCCUCUCGAUCGAUACAAAGAAACACAUUCGUCGUCACCAAAACCCUAGAAGUUCAACAAUGGCACCGAUUGAUCCACACUCGUUCACCGAUUCAACCCACCCCCUAACAACCCACAUCUCCCUUUCUCUCUACUUCGAUUUCUCCACCUCCACCAUCUCAUCCUCUGCCUUGCUCACUCUAUGCGCUCCACAUACCGGCGAUCUGCUCCUCGACACUCGGUCACUCACCAUAAAGUCUGUCAUCGACCCGAUCAACAAUACCCCACUCUCAUUUUGUCUUUCUUCCGACGUUGACCCCAUAAAGGGCCAACCUUUAACCGUUUCCCUCAACAACAAUUCGAAAAUCUUGAUUACUUUUGUCACUUCUCCAUCUAGUUCAGCCCUUCAAUGGCUAACUCCUCCACAGACGUUCAACAAAAAGUUCCCUUUCGUGUAUACCCAGUGUCAAUCCAUCCAUGCGAGGUCGAUUUUCCCGUGUCAGGACACACCCGCAUCACGAGUCCGAUACAAUGCCAAGCUGAACAUUCCUCAUCAGUUAUCAGCUGUUAUGAGCGCGAGACACGUCGAAAGGAGAGCACCGUUGGCUGGGGGCGAUUCAAGUUUCGCGUGCGAUGAAUCUUUAUGGUGUGCAGAAGGAAGAGUCGUUGAAGAAUUCACCAUGGAACAACCGAUUCCACCUUAUUUAUUCGCCUUCGCGGUUGGAGAAAUUGGGUUUAGGGAAGUGGGCCCCAGGACUAAGGUGUUCGCAGAGUCGGUCCCUGCGGUUCUUGAUGCUGCAGCAAAGGAGUUCGCAGGUACUGAAGAUAUGAUUAGGGUUGGAGAGAAGCUAUUUGGGGAUUACGAUUGGGAGAGGUUCGAUUUACUGGUUUUGCCUCCUAGUUUUCCUUAUGGUGGAAUGGAGAAUCCGCGGAUGGUGUUUUUAACUCCUACUGUAAUCAAAGGAGAUGCUAGUGGUGCCCAAGUUGUAGCACAUGAACUUGCUCAUAGCUGGACUGGGAAUUUGAUCACCAACAAAACUAAUGAUCAUUUCUGGUUGAAUGAGGGAUUUACAACUUAUGCAGAAAGAAGAAUAGUUGAGGCUGUUCAAGGAGAAGACAUAGCUGCUUUGAAUAUAGGAAUUGGUUGGAAAGGUUUGGUUGAUGAAAUGGAAAGGUUCAAAGAUAACAUUGAGUUCACAAAACUUUUAACUAAUCAAGAAGGUGUAGAUCCAGAUGAUGUAUAUUCUCAAGUUCCAUAUGAGAAAGGGUUUCAGUUUCUAUGGCGCAUUGAAAGACAGAUUGGGAGGCCGGCUUUUGAUGAGUUUCUAAAGAAGUACAUAGCUGCAUUUAAGUUUCAAUCGAUUGAUACUUAUAUGUUUCUUGAUUUCUUGAAAGUGAAUGUUCCUGGAAUUGAGAAAGAGAUUGAUUUAAAGAUAUGGACUGAAGGCACUGGUAUUCCUUUUGAUGCUAUGGAGCCAGUUUCUAAUAUCUAUAAAAAGAUAGUUUCAUUAGCAAAUGAAUUUAAGCAAGGUAGGAUGCCAAGUGAGGAAGAAGUUGCUAAUUGGCAUGGACAGGAAUGGGAGCUUUAUUUGGAAAAUCUCCCUAAAUCUGUUGAAGCUUCACAGGUUACAGCUUUGGAUUCUAGAUACAGGCUAUCAGAAUCAAAGGACUAUGAGGUGAAAGUAGCAUUCCUCCAACUAGCCAUUGCUUCAAGAUGCAGUGAAUAUUAUAACAUUGUGGAGAAAACCUUAAAGGAAGUGGGGAGAAUGAAAUACCUUCGCCCAUUGUACACAGCACUUGUGCAAGGGAAUGUGAAGAAAGAAGAAGAGAAAAUAUUUGCACAAAGGGUUUUCUCAGAAGCGCGUGAAACUUAUCAUCCAAUAGCUCAAGGUGUUGUGGAGUCUAUUCUUUCCAAGCAUCUUUAAUCGUAUCAAUUAACCAAAAACUUUUGACUCAAAGACUUGUUACUUUUCAUGAAUUGAUGUGGUUUGUUUCUAACGUUAGGCUCAAGUUUGUGGAUGUGUUUUUCAAUUAAUUUUCUUGGUAG